AUGUUGUUAAAAGUUGCGGUAACCUUUCUUGUCUCCUUCGCGGGGCUGGUCUCAGCAGCUUAUGCCAACCCUGGGGCUUGUAGUGGUGACUGCGGAACUCACGACCCAGCAGUUAUUCGUCGAACCUCAGACGGAAAGUUUUACAGGUUUUCUACAAAUAACUUCAUUUCGAUUGCAUCUGCCUCAAGCAUUGCUGGCCCUUGGACAUACCUAGGUCAAGCUUUACCUGGUGGGUCUAAAAUUAGUGGAUUUUCUGGAGUUGAUCUCUGGGCCCCAGAUAUCAUUUAUAACAAUGGAGUUUAUUAUCUAUACUAUUCUGUCAGCUCUUUUGGCUCCCAGAACUCUGCAAUCGGUGUCGCAACUUCUUCUACUAUGGAUCCGGGAUCUUGGGUUGAUCACGGAGCUACAGGUGUUUCUUCCAAGACUGGGAGUGCCUACAAUGCGAUUGACUCCAACAUAGUCAAGGUCGGGAAUGACUUUUACAUGGCAUUCGGCAGUUUCUGGGGUGAUAUAUACUAA